AUGGGUAUCACAAGGCGAGCAAAGGACAAGGCCGCGCGGGCCGGGGCCUCUGCUGGCGGAGACAAGUCCAGCUCGGCUAAGCCCAAGAAGGCCACUUUCGACACCACCAAGAAGAAGGAGAUCGAACUUGAAGAAGCGUUUCGAGGGCGGGAGAUCUACACAUACAUCGGCCAUGUCUUGGUUUCCGUUAACCCCUUUCGCGACUUGGGCAUCUACACCGACCAGGUCCUCGAGAGCUACAAGGGCAAGAACCGUCUGGAGAUGCCCCCUCACGUCUUCGCCAUUGCCGAAUCUGCCUACUACAACAUGAAGGCCUACAGCGAGAACCAGUGCGUUAUCAUCUCGGGCGAGUCCGGAGCCGGCAAGACCGAGGCGGCCAAGCGCAUCAUGCAGUACAUCGCCAAUGUGUCCGGAGGCGGGUCGAACGAUAUUCAGCAGAUCAAGGACAUGGUGCUCGCGACGAAUCCUCUGCUAGAAUCCUUCGGUAACGCCAAGACGCUGCGAAAUAACAACUCGUCCCGCUUCGGCAAGUACCUUCAGAUUCACUUCAACGCCCAGGGCGAGCCCAUCGGUGCCGACAUCACCAACUACCUCCUCGAGAAGAGCCGUGUCGUCGGCCAGAUCGUCAACGAGCGUAAUUUCCACAUCUUUUACCAGUUCACCAAAGGAGCGUCCCCGCAGUACCGCCAAAUGUACGGCAUCCAGACACCCGAAACAUACCUCUAUACCAGCAGGGCCAAGUGCUUCGAUGUCGACGGUAUCGAUGACUUGGCCGAGUACCAGGACACCCUGAAUGCCAUGAAGAUUAUCGGUCUCUCGCAACAGGAACAGGACAACAUCUUCCGAAUGCUGUCGGCUAUUCUCUGGGCAGGAAACUUGGUGUUCAAGGAGGGCGAUGAUGGAUAUGCUGCCGUAUCAGAUCAGUCUGUGGUCGACUUCUUGGCGUACCUUCUCGAGGUCGAUCCCGCUCAGCUGGUCCACGCCCUCACCAUCCGUAUCUUGACCCCAAGGCCCGGUGAGGUUAUCGAGUCUCCCGCCAACGUUCCCCAAGCUACCGCGACAAGAGAUGCCUUGGCCAUGGCCAUCUACUACAACUUGUUCGAUUGGAUUGUGGAGCGCAUCAACGUGUCCCUCAAGGCUCGCCAGGCCACGACGAACUCGAUUGGUAUCCUUGAUAUUUACGGUUUCGAGAUUUUCGAGAAGAACAGCUUCGAACAGCUCUGCAUCAACUACGUGAACGAAAAGCUCCAGCAAAUCUUUAUCCAGUUGACACUCAAGGCCGAGCAGGAUGAGUACGCGAGGGAACAGAUCAAGUGGACGCCCAUCAAGUAUUUCGACAACAAGAUUGUGUGCGACUUGAUCGAGUCUACCAGGCCCCCUGGUAUCUUCUCUGCUAUGAAGGAUGCCGCCAAGACUGCUCACGCUGAUCCGGCGGCUUCCGACCGCACCUUCAUGCAGAGCAUCAAUGGCGUCGAACCCCCCAUCUUACUCCCCGCCAGGCACUACGCCGGUGAUGUCACGUACAGUGUGGACGGUAUCACGGACAAGAACAAGGAUUUGCUUCUCAAGGGUGUCCAGAACCUCUUCCAGGCCAGUCAAAACCAGUUCGUCCAUACUCUGUUCCCCCAGCAGGUCGAUGUGGACAACCGCAGGCAGCCCCCUUCUGCCGGUGACAGAAUCAGAACUUCCGCGAACGCCUUGGUCGAUACUCUGAUGAAGUGUCAGCCUUCGUAUAUCCGUACCAUCAAGCCCAACGAGAACAAGUCGCCAACAGAGUACAAUGAGCCCAAUGUCCUCCAUCAGGUCAAGUAUCUUGGUCUCCAAGAAAACGUUCGCAUCCGCCGCGCCGGUUUCGCAUACCGUCAGUCGUUCGAGAAGUUUGUCGACCGUUUCUUCCUACUCUCGCCUGCCACAUCAUAUGCUGGUGAGUAUACGUGGACGGGCUCCUACGAGGCGGCGACGAAGCAGAUCCUCAAGGACACGAGUAUCCCGCAGGAGGAGUGGCAACUGGGUGUGACCAAGGCCUUCAUCAAGUCGCCCGAGACUUUGUUCGCUCUUGAGCAUAUGAGAGACAGGUACUGGCAUAACAUGGCAACGCGCAUUCAGCGCAUGUGGCGUGCGUACCUCGCAUACAGGGCAGAGGCUGCCAUCCGCAUCCAGCGUUUCUGGAGGAAGAAGCGCGUUGGUGCUGAGUACCUGCAGCUCCGUGAUGAAGGUCACAAGGUGCUGGGAGGCCGCAAGGAGCGCAGGAGAAUGUCUAUCCUUGGUUCUCGUCGGUUCUUGGGUGACUACCUUGGUAUCAACGCUAGCACCGGUCCUGGUGCUCAGAUUCGCAAUGCCAUCGGCAUUGGCAGCAACGAGAAGGCGGUCUUCUCCUGCCGCGGUGAGCUUCUCGAGCACAAGUUCGGUCGUUCCAGCAAGCCUAGUCCCAGAAUCUUGGUCGUCACCAAUAGCAAGUUCUACAUUGUCGCUCAGGUUCUUAACCAGGGCCACGUCCAGAUUAUGGCGGAGAAGGCUUUCCCACUGGCUUCUAUCAAGUUCAUUGGGGCGUCUACCGCCAGAGAUGACUGGUUUUCCUUGGGUGUUGGGUCACAGCAAGAGGCCGAUCCUCUACUCAACUGCGUCCUCAAGACCGAGAUGUUCACGCAGAUGAAGAGGGUCAUGCCCGGUAGCUUCAACCUUAAGAUUGCUGACGCCAUUGAGUACGCCAAGAAGCCCGGGAAGAUGCAGUUGGUCAAGGUGUUGAAGGACGCGCCGACUGCGCAUGACUUCUACAAGAGCAGCACUGUCCAUACCCAGCCUGGCGAGCCCCCCAACUCGGUGUCCAGGCCCCAGCCUAAGGCCAAGCCUGUUCCUCCAAGGCCCAUCACCAAGGGCAAGCUUAUCAAGCCCGGUGGUCCUGGUGGAAGGCCGGCGAGAAAUGCCAAUCCCAACCGCACGGCUCAGCCCCGGCCCGGCGGCGGUCCCUCUGUCGCUGCUUCCAACCCUCUUGCCUCUUCUGCCGCUGCAGCCUCUAGCAGACCUGUUCCCGCCCGUCCUGGGGCAGCCUCUACACCAGCCGCUUCGAAGCCUCUUCCCAGCCAUACCAGGCAGCAGUCCAGCACCUCGACUGUGCGCCCUCCGCCGCCGCCUCCUCCAGCGCCGGCUGCUAAGCCCAAGAUCAUGGCCAAGGUGUUGUAUGACUUUGCCGGCACAAGGGAGAACGAGCUUUCCAUCAAGGCUGGAGACAUCAUUGAGAUUAUCCAGAAAGAGAACAACGGCUGGUGGUUAGCCAAGACCCCCGAAGGCCAAGCCUGGGUUCCCGCGGCCUACGUAGAAGAGCAAGCCCCCGCACCCCCGGUCGUCGCUCCCCGUCCUCCCCCUCCUCCCCCGGCUGCCAACGGCGCUGGUGGCCGCAUGGCUCCUCAGCCGCCUGCCAAGCGACCAGUCGCUGGUCGGAAGCCCGCCCCUGCACCCGCGGUGGCGUCGUUGCAGGCUAGGGACUCGGGCAUGAGCUUGAACGGAGCGAAUGGAUCAGGAAACGCUAGUGAUGCAAGCAGGAGUAGUACGCCGACGCCGAGCAUAGCAGGCAGUUUGGCGGAUGCGUUGAAGGCGAGGAAGCAGGCGAUGGCGAAGAGGGAUGAUGAUGAGGAUGAUUGGUAG